CUCAGUAUCUUAACAUCUGUCAAAUGUACCAAACGUUGAAUACUAGACUGGACAUUUGAGUUGAGGCCAAACCUGGCUUUCCGGCGAAAGCUCUUCGUUUCGGACCGAAGAUGACGCUCCCGCUGCACCCAGUGCAGACUGGAUUUGACCCACGGCUUAGAAACCUUGCGGACCGGAAAAUCGUUUCAAAUGUAUUUCUUCAACAACUCUUAUUCUAUCGUCCUUAUUUUGACAUCGGGUGGCUGCUCUUCUGGGCGGUCUUCAUCUUCCAAAACUACUGGGAGGGCCUGAAACUGAAGGACAACGACAUCGUGCGCACCAUCUUCUUCCUGUUCUGGUUCAUCACGGAGCCCAUCCGCUACUACGCUGGCAUGUACGGAAACCUGCAGGAGAACCUGCCGUGGCUCAUCAUGUUCACGCUGCUGUGCGUGUUCCCGCAAAUGGGGACACACCUGUAUUUGCUCAUGGGCACCUUUAGGCGCAACGCGCGCACCAAGGCGAUACAAUAUGUGGCGCUGGGGCUGCAGCUUCUGGAUCUGGCUGCAGGGGUAUACACGUCCGCAUCACGCACCUCACAUCCCGCGUGUGAGCGCAACCACUUGCCACGCAUUGCAGUCAUCCAUUGUGUCGCAGCUGGCAGCUGCUUGUCACGACGCAGACAUACGCUGCUCACCCGAACGUCAUUACGCAUGUCAGCAUAACCAUCUCGGCCACCCGCAUCCAGGGACUCGGUUUGUUCGCACAUCAAAACCUCACGUUUU